CCGCGACCUACAAAGAGAUGAAAAUUCGAUAUCUCAACCUUAAACUUAAAAAGUGAAUGAAUAUUUACCUCUUCAAAUCAAGGUUAACGUAUGAGAUUUUACUGAAAGCAUGCUAAUGGAAACCGCCGUGGGCAUCCAAGCAGACUCGCUCACGUGCGAUGAGAAUCCGGCCCAAUUGGAAACGGAAUGGCGUCUGAGAGCGGAAAAGGAAUUAAACGAGACCCCGGAGAAUUACUUAGUGGAAAUGCAAACAUUACAAGAUUUAAUAUUAAAUGACUCAAACUUAACAGUGCCUAACACAAAUGAAUUUCCACUUAGAUUUCUAAGAGCUAGAAAAUUCAAUAGUACAAAGGCCUUUCAAAUGCUUCAAAGGUAUUACUUAAUGAAGCUGAAGUGCCCCGAGCUGUUCGGUUGUCCGCUUCCUACGGAAUGUAGCAAAACUUUUGAAUUGCAAGCGCAAAACAUGUUACAGCACAGGGACCAAUGGGGCCGGAGAAUUUAUGUGAUUCGUGUCGAUAGUUUCGAUUCUAGUAAAGUAACAAUAGACGACAUAUUCAGGACCAACGUCUUAGCCCUAGAACAAAUAGUUCGCGAACCAGAAACUCAAAUUUCCGGCCUCGUAGUCCUCCUGGAUAUGGCUGGGCUUUCGUUGCAACACGCCAAGUUCUUCACGCCUUAUUAUGCGAAAAAAAUGGUCGAACUAGUACAAGAGACUUUCCCGUUGCGUUUCAAGGGGUUUCACGUGGUUAACGAGCCUUUCUAUUUCGACGCUGUCAUGACUGUUUUGAAGCCUUUUCUCAAGGAUAAAAUUAGAAAGAGGAUUUUUCUCCAUGGUAAUGACAUAGACGCACUUCACGCCUUUAUACCAACUGAAAUUUUACCAUCUGAGUAUGGAGGAGAAGCUGGACCCUUCGAUAAUAGAGGUUGGUACAUGAAAUUGAUAGCUGAAGAAGAGUAUUUUAAAAGUCUUAAAAACUAUGGCUACAAAUCUGAUAAUUAAUUAUUAUUAGGCAACUCUUGACCAAAAUGAGUGUCUAGGUAAAUCAAAGUGUAUUUUUUGAUGCUUAUUCGCCUCCUCCUUGGAUCUAUAUUUAAGAUAAAUGAAAUCAAGCUCAACAUGUAGUGACGAUAAUAAUAAUAAUGGUUUGUAUUAGUGGUUAUUAGAACACAAAUUUAAAAAAAUUAGUGCCUUGAAUAAAGAGCCAAGAUUAUAAUUAUGUAUACAAACCUUUUUCUUAAUUUAAUUUACUCGAAAAUAAUUUCCAAAAUAAAUAUAGAUAUAAAAUGUUGUUUGAGAAAAUAAAUUGCUUAAUUUCAG